UCCUCUCCUCUGCUAGGGUUUAUGGAAACGCCAUUCAAUUCCUCCGAGAAUGGCGAUUGAAUCCCACCUCCUUCCUACCCCGAAAGCCAGCCAAGAUCUGAUCUUUUGGCAUUCGUAAUUCUGUCAUCAAGAUUGGGUCUUGAGGACCGUAGCCCUGAAAUCCCCGAUUUCCUGUCCGCCGCAGCAUGAGCCGACGGGCAGCGGCGGUGGUUCUCUCGCGGUCGCCCGCCGUCGCCUCCUUCUUUUCGACCAAUCGCUGCUUCCCUCCGUCCCAAUGCCUGAUCUCGAUUUCCCGCCAUAAUCCCUUCAAAAGACCCCGCCUUUCUCUCUUCAGCAGCGGCAGUAGCUGUUCCUCGCCCGACGACGAUUUGAGAGAGUUGAACGAUCCAGGGUUCGUUGUUCCGUGGGAUGGCGCGUCCCAUGAUCGAGAGAAUCGUCAGGAAGCCUCGGUCUCGAUGAAAGACUUCACCUUUUUGCAAGAAGCCGCAGUCGAAGACCGUGAGACACUCGCUGCAAAGCCUCUUGAUGCAGGAAAAUCGUCAAAGGAGGCCGUUCUGAUCGCAAAGGUGGUCAGGGCAAGUGGAAGUAAUUUCGAUGACAAUACCGAGAAGAUACUGAGGCGAUUCAGGGGAAACUUGAAUGAAUCGCUGAUGAUUGACGCGUUAAGAUUAGUAAGUAUUCCAGAUUUGGCGCUCAGAUUCUUCAUCUGGGCCGGUCAGCAGAUCGGCUAUAGCCAUACGGGUCAGACUUACAAUGCAUUGAUUGAAAUUUUAGGCUUUGAUAAGAAGAGUAGAGUCCCUCAGCAUUUUCUUAGAGAAAUUGGACAGGAGGAUAGAGAAGUGCUUGGGAGAUUGUUAAAUGUGCUCGUGCGGAAGUGUUGUCAUAGUGGUUUUUGGAAUGAGGCUCUGGAAGAGCUCGGGCGGCUUAAGGACUUUGGUUACAAGCCAUCCAAGGUGACAUAUAACGUGUUGGUUCGGGUUCUUCUGAGUGCUGAUCGACUAGAUUCAGCUGUUUUGGUUCACAGAGAAAUGUCUGAAUCGGGAUUUUGUAUGGACAGGUUCACGAUGGGCUGUUUUGCGCAUGCUCUGUGUAAAGCAGGACAGUGGGUAGAAGCUCUCAACAUUAUAAAGGCAGAAGACUUCACACUAGAUACUGUUUUAUGUACUCAAAUGAUUAGUGGAUUGUUGGAAGCUUCUCUUUUCGAGGAAGCCAUGUCUUUUCUUCAUAGGAUGAGGUCCAAUUCAUGUGUUCCAAAUGUUGUGACAUAUAGGACAUUGCUUUCGGGGUUUUUAAGUAAGAAACAACUUGGUUGGUGUAAGAGAAUUCUUAACAUGAUGAUUAUAGAGGGUUGCAAUCCUAGCCCAUCAUUGUUUAAUUCUCUGAUGCAUGGAUAUUGCAGCACUGGAGACUAUGCUUAUGCAUAUAAGCUGUUAAAGAAGAUGAAUGCUUGUGGUUGUCGACCUGGUUAUGUGACUUACAACAUAUUUAUUGGAGGAAUCUGUGGAAAUAAAGAAUUGCCAAGUUCUGACAUGUUGGAUCUGGCGGAAAAAGCCUAUGAGGAGAUGCUGGAUGCUGGAUUUGUACUAAACAAAAUAAAUGUUGGCAACUUUGCUCAAUCCCUUUGUCACAUGGGGAAAUUUGAUAAGGCAUUUCAGAUUAUAAACGAGAUGAUGAAGAAGGGAUUUGUUCCUGAUACUAGCACCUAUGCGAAGGUGAUUGGUCUUCUUUGUCAGGCGAGUAUGGUGGAAAAGGCUUUCCUUCUAUUUCAGGAAAUGAAGAAGAAUGAUGUUGUUCCUGAUGUUUAUACAUAUACGAUUUUGAUAGACAGUUUUUGUAAGGUUGGGCUUAUCGAACAGGCUUGGAGAUGGUUUAAAGAAAUGGAGAGAGAAGGUUGUCUUCCGAAUGUUGUGACCUAUACUGCACUAAUACAUGCUUACUUGAAAGCAAAGCGACUUUCCAAGGCAAAUGAACUUUUCAAGAGCAUGAUUAGUAUGGAUUGUGUUCCUAAUGUUGUCACCUAUACUGCAUUGAUUGAUGGCCUUUGCAAAGCUGGAGAGAUUGAAGAGGCUUGCCAUAUCUAUGCAAAGAUGAGGGGAAUUUGUGAGGAUGCAGUUGGCAGUAAUUACUUUGAAGGUGGUAGUAACGAGGUCGCACAGCCAAAUGUUUUCACAUAUGGUGCAUUGGUUGAUGGCUUAUGUAAAGCUCAUAAAGUGGUUGAAGCUCGUGAUUUAUUGAAUGCAAUGAUGUCAGCUGGUUGCGAGCCAAAUCACAUAGUCUAUGAUGCUCUUAUCGAUGGGUUUUGCAAGGUUGGCAAGCUUGAUGAUGCACAGGAGGUAUUUGUCAGAAUGUCUGCGCAUGGUUACACUCCUAAUGUGUAUACAUACAGCUCCUUAAUUGACAGGUUGUUUAAGGAUAAAAGGCUUGAUCUUGCUCUUAAAGUUCUCUCAAAAAUGUUAGAGAACUCUUGUGCUCCAAAUGUAAUCACAUAUACUGAGAUGAUUGAUGGGCUCUGUAAGGUAGGUAAGACAGAUGAGGCUUACAAGCUUCUUAUGAUGAUGGAAGAAAAAGGAUGUAAUCCGAAUGUUGUAACUUAUACUGCCUUGAUAGAUGGAUAUGGUAAAGCCUCUAAAGUUGAUAUGUGUCUGGAACUUUUUAGGCAAAUGACUGAAAAGGGUUGUGCCCCAAAUUUUAUCACAUAUAAUGUAUUGAUAAACCAUUGUUGCACUGCUGGCCUUCUGGAUAAGGCCCACAAAAUUUUGGAGGAGAUGAAGCAAACUUGUUGGCCAAGACACAUAUCGGGCCACCGCAACAUCAUCCAAGGAUUUAGUAAGAAGUUUAUUAGUUCACUUGGCCUUUUAGAUGAGAUAACACACUACAAUGUGGUACCGAUUGCUCCUGCUUACAUCAUUCUAAUAAAUAGUUUUUCUAGUGCUGGUCAGCUGGAAAUAGCUUUGGAGUUGCACAGAGAGAUAGAGGGUUAUUUGUCAUGUUCAAGUGUUGCAAACAGUAACAUGUACUUUUCAAUAAUUCAGGGUCUUUGUUUAGCAUCAAAGGUUGAGAAAGCCAUUGAAUUGUAUAGUCAGAUGCUAAGGAAAGGAUAUGUGCCAGAAUUGAUAAUUUUCUUUUGCCUCAUCAAGGGACUCCUCAGGGUUAAUAAGUGGGAUGAAGCACUCCAGCUUUUGUACACCACAUACAACAUGGGUAUAGAAUGGCAUAAUGAAGAAACAUCUGAAGGGAACUAGACAUGUCUCUUUCCAUGCCUUCUUUUUCCAACUUAUGAUAACGAGUUGCAUUUCGUGGUAUAGUCAAUGAUUUCUUGUGGCAUUUUUAACUUAAAGCAUUUGCAUUGAUCACAAUAAAAGGGAUCUUUGGGGAUGCUUGCUGCUAAGUAAGAGACGUAUGUUCCUUUUCUGCUUACCACAUUCUUUUAUGAGUAUCAAUGUUGGGGAAUAUCAGAACAAAGGUUUGUGAUUUGAUGCAGCAUUCACAAAUUCUGUCCUCUUCUGCGCACCCUUCCUGCACCGUGCCAUGGGUGUGAUUAAGGUCCAUUUGCUUUUCAACAGUACAAGAACAUUUCAGCUAUAAGUCGGUGGUGCUGUGCCAUACGACGAUGUAUCAUCUACUCGAAAUCAUGUCAGUGUCCUUACUGAGAGGGAACAAAUCAUUUCUAUGUUAGCUGACAUGUAUGCUAUUCAUUCCUAGUUCUUACUAUGGGAAGACAUCUGUGAGCUUCGAGCAAAAGCCAAUAGUAUCCAAGACUAUAUUCUAUCUUAUUCUUGUAGGAAGAUGAUUCGUUGCCGCUCACGAGCUAAGAACUUAAUGAAUAAGGGCGUUUAGGCUUGUAUCAUCACUUCUUGGAUUCAAUUCUCUGAGAAGGAUGAGGUGUACAUAAAUCAAGGUAUUGUGAGUGCAGACAGGAGAUCAAUUGUAGAAAAGUGAAGUUUUUUUAGGGACAUAUUGCUGCAUUCUGUUCUUGAGACCAAUUAAGAAUUGAUAGGUUAUGCCAUAUCAUUUUUUGAGCUUUUAUCUCUAUCUACUCUUUAAAGAGGUUUUGGCUACUACACUUGGUUUGGUUAUGCCAGAUCAUCAUCAUGUGUUUGCAUCAAUUGGAUUUGUUGACCUGCUGUAAUUUUUAUUGUGAAA